AAACAAAAAAAAUAUAUUAUUGAUUCGAAUCCUAUCUAAUUAUCAUCUCAAAUAACCAAAUAAAUUUAAUUACAACCGUCAUAUUCUUUCCAAAAAAAAUAGUUUAAUCGCUGACAAAAGAAAAUCCGUUUGGCCCAUGACGUAGUCUAUAUAUUCAUGAUCACACACCAUCACCCUCUCCUUCACAGAGCAUUAUUACAAGACGAAUUAGAGAUUUACUUAACCUAGGAAUUAUAUAUACCUUAGCUAGUUCUUCUUCGAAUCCACAGGAUCGAUAUGAAGUCUUUUCCGGUUGGAUCACGGUUUCUUCCUAAAGAUCUAGGUUUGGUGAGGUUUUAUCUUCGAAACAUGGUGGAGAGGAAGCAGAGCAGUUUCAUAACAACUAUGGACGUCUACAUGGACGAGCCGUGGCUUCUUCCUCACGUAAACAAUCCUCUGUUCAAGAACAAGGAGUGGUACUACUUUGUUCAGCUGACUAAACGACGUUCAAGCGUGCAACGGAAGGUACCCGGAAGAGGAGGAAGCGAAGGCGGCACUUGGAGAAGCAACGAUGGGAAAGAAGAGAUCAAGGACGGACAUCAAAGGGUGAUGGGUUACCAGCAGUCUUUCACGUACCACAGGAAAGUGCACGGAGAGCUUGUCAAAACUGAUUGGCUGAUGCAGGAGUAUUCUCUUCACAAGAGUGAUGAGCAGCAAAAGUUGGUCUUGUGUCGGAUCCGAUACAAGAAACAGAAGAAGGUCAACAAGAUUAGACGCGUUAAUCAUCAAGCUCAUCAGACUCAGGUGGCGGAGAACACCAACAACAUCUUACAGAGCCAAUCAGUGCAAGAAGAGGCUGAUUUAACCGGUUUAACUGAUGAGCUUGAGAAGAUGCCAGAGGGACAAGAAGAUCGUGAGGAGCAAGAAGAGGUUGACUUAACCGAUUUUCCUGAUGAGCUUGAGACGAUGCUAGAGGGACAAGAAGAUUGUGAGCAACAACAAGAGGCUGAGUUAACCGGUUUUUCUGAUGACCCUGAGUCGAUGUUGCUAGAUGGAGAAGAAGAUCGUGACGUUACCCAACAACAACAACAACAACAGCAAGAAGAAGAGAUACCGGUUCCUACACCGAUGCAGAACAACAACAACAACAACAAUAACGUCGUCAUGAUGAUGUCGAACCAACAAGUGCAAGAAGAGGCUGCAGGUUUAAUCGGUUUGGCUGAUGAUUUUGCGAUGACACUUCUGGAGGGACAAGAAGAUCGUGACGUUACUCAACAGCAACAACAGCAGCAAGAAGAUGAUGAUAUGAUGGUGCUGAUGGACAAUCCUAAUGAUGCCCUCGCAUUGGGGAAUUAUGAGUUUAUUAUCUAACUAGGGUUGAUGAAAGAUCCGACGCAAACCAGAGGAGAUAGAAGUAUUAGCGGGUCAAGUUGAUAUUAUGUUGAGGAUGAUAACAAAGACUACUAAAUAGGGUUGGUGUAUUUGUGUAACUCAAGAAGAUAUGAUGAAAAUAGUGGAAUUUCCGGGGUAAAAAUCCCCGGCGAGAUGUAGGGUUUCCACAUUGGAGGCCUGAACUCGUUAAAUUCUUUGUGUCAUUUAUUACCUUUAUGCAUUUAUUACAAACGAGAGAUGAGAGCUCGAUCAAAAAGUAUACGAAGAAGCAGAGAACAUAGAGAGCGUAUGAGAGGCAGAGAAAGAAAGUACACAGCAUUUAAGGGCUUCUAUUAAUGGGCCUAAUAAACCACCGAAGCCCAAUCUUAAAUUCUGUGAACAAAU